AUGUCGAAAUUACCAGAAAUAACCUCUCUCUUCACAGCCCUCGCAUCGAAGCUCCGAGACGUAGAAACGAGGGCCGAAAAUGAAGAUCAAAAUCUCGACCAUGCCGUCGGGAAUCUCAGCCGUUUGCUCAACCUUUCCGAAACCACUCCUAAGGUUCCGGUUUUGGACACUGCACUCUCCCUCGUGUGCUUCACUGCCCCACAGGUCUUUGAUUCUAUGAUUGAGUUCAUGGUGAAAACAAUUGUUACUGUUCUAUCUUCAUCAGUUGAAUGCGAGGUUGUAAAAUGCGGCUCUGUGGAAGCUUUACAGAUUGGCGGGUCGAUUUCGGGGCAGGACUGUGUUGAAAUGAUAGAAGCUUGUGCUGAUGUUUUGCAAAAAUUGGAAGGAUUUAGAGUUGUGGCAGGAGAUCUUUCUCCUUCACUGCUGUAUGCUAUUGUAAGAGUGGCAACAUUGGCAUCACGCCAUCAAUAUUCAGUGCAAAUGGCUGAGAUGAAAGCUACGCGUAAGAGGAACUCUGCUUUUGCAAAGUUGCUUUGCCAUUCAUCUAGGGGCUUCAACUUCAAAAGUGGAGAAAUUCCAUUAAGGUUGCUAUGGUGGCUGCUUGAUCCUAUUCUUCUAAAGAAUGACAUAACCCAAAUUUUACAAGAGGCCACUGAUCGACCUUUCCUUUGCUUAGAAAAGGAAUUUUAUGAGAGGACCGACUGGCACUCUGUUUUGAUAUGUUUGGUUCUUUCUCCUACUAUGUUUAUUGAGACAAGGGCUCUAUUACAUAACUGGUUUUUGCUGACGGGUUUGGCUUCUAUCUUAGAGCUUCAAACUGAACUGGUCUUGCGGGUACUAGAUGUUGGUUCCAGACCAAUGUGCUGGGGAAUACCAAUGGAGAUUGCAUUAAAGCUUCCAUUUUCUCAUGCGUACUUUCCUUGUGAAAACCAGCUAUUGAGAAUUCUUGCUGGUCCACUGUCCUGGGACAGUUUUAGGCAUUUAGUUUGUGAAGUUAUAAAACCAGAUUGUGGUGGUAAUCAGCUUAAUAGCGCUUCCAACCAAGCUGCAAAGGCUUCAAGAGUAGAUCACAGUUCUUGUUGGGCAAUGGCAAUAAACUUCCCCAGUUGGUUCUUUUUUGCCUCUUUGCUUCUCUUCCUUGACAGGAGUUCUAAAGACAACUGCUAUUUGAAAUGUAUAUCUUGGUUGAACAAGCCUGAACAGUCAUGUGGUGCCUCAGUUCCUUAUUCUGCUGCUGCAGCAAGGUUUAUUGCAUGGGUUUUAAACCCUAAAGGCGAUUCUUGCCAGGACUUAUUAGUUGAGUAUUUGACUACACUUUCAAACAUGUGGACUCUUGAGCACUGUGAUUCUCGAAAACGCAUUGAAUCCACUGGGUGCAACAAGAAUAAAGUUCGGAGGUCAUUAUCAGUUAAAAGGGGCAACACUAAUUCUUCCAACUUUGACUGCCAAACACUGCAGCUCUGGCUCAAAGAAGUUCAAGACAUUCAUGUUAGAUACUCCAAAAAACAUAACGAACAUUUUGCAUUGAACGAAGCAUACCAUUCACAAGGAGUUGGGUAUCAGAAAAAUAUUCUGUACAGGAAGAUCCCAUUGGGUAUCUUGCUCGGUUACUCUGAUCGUAUAAGCAGCAUGGAAAGUGAACUACUUUUGCAUUAUGCUGCAACAGGCACUCUCCACACUCUCAAGCAUAUGAAGUAUAACGAUGAAUGGCGACAAGGCCAGGUUACUCUGACUGGCAAAUAUACAAGAAAGGAGGCUGUUGCAGGAGCCAGUAUUGCCUUUCAUCUAACUGAUGCAACUCAAAGUAUGUCGACUUCUAUGUUUGAGACCGAAGAGAGUGGACUAAAUUUUUUGUGCGAGGUGAAAGGAAAGAUCGGGAAGUAUCUGCUCAAUUGUGUUAAGCGGCUGCUCCAACUCAAUGCAUAUGAAGACUAUGGACAGCAAACACUGAGGGAUCUGUACCUUAGAAUGGUCCAGUGGAAACAUCAAGGGCAGGAUAUUUGCAGCAGUUUGAAGGAUUGGAAUGAUAUUGUUGAUGCCUUGAAGUGCGCUUCGGCAUCCCCCUGUUAAUGAGUAUUGUUUUGUGAAAGCAAAGGUCUUCAAAUGAUUGUCUAGUGUUUUAGCACAAAUAAUAUUGCUAUUUCCGAAA